ACUAAAAAUUCAUUAUAGUAACAACUAUUAAUGAUAGUGCACGAAACUUGCCAUGCAUCAGGGUACUUAGCCAUCCUGUGCCUAACAAGCGCACUUUCAAUCUGCAUGUCGUACCAUGACGAAACCAAAAGUCGCAUUAUUGGGGGAACCGAAGCCAGAGCUGGACAAUUUCCGUCAGCUGCUGCCAUCUACUCGACCACUUCAGGCGGUACUUACUUCUGCGGGGGUUCCCUGGUCAGUCGUCAACACGUCUUAACAGCUGCACACUGCGUCAUAUCAGGCUUCAAGUAUGAGGUGGUUUUGGGUUCGAAUAGUUUGCAAGGUAGCGCUAGCAACCCAAACCGGGUGAUUGUGGCGGCGACCUCUCGUAUCAUCCAUCCGUAUUACAACUACCAGACGCUUCAGAAUGAUAUAGCUAUUCUUAUUUUUCAUCUUCCGAUAGAACUGACAGACUAUAUACAGCCUAUAAAUCUACCGACUGAAGAAGUCGUUGAUAAUGUAGAAACUGUGGCGAUUGGGUGGGGUCAAACCGAUGAUGCUACUGCUGGUCUCGCCAGUCAACUUAAUUACGUCACUGUUAGUACUAUUUCAAAUACGGAAUGCCAGCUCAGUUUUACUGACGUCAUUUUUGAUAAUAUGGUGUGUGCAGCGGGGAAUUACAACGAAGGUACUUGCAAUGGGGACAGUGGAGGUCCUUUAAUACUGGAAGUUGACAAUAAACAGUACCAUGUGGGCAUUUCUAGCUUUAUUAGCAAUCGGGGUUGUGAAAGUACCGACCCUUCUGGGUACACCAGAACGUUUCCUUAUGCCGGCUGGGUUAGGAAUCAUAUAGGGGUAAACUGAUAAUCAAAAUACAAAUAAAAUAAAGUUGUACUUGUCUUUUUAAUUAAUAAAACAAAGUUUAAGCUGUA